UGUACACUACCAAUACCACAAAAGGACGACAGAAGAAGUAGAAAUCUUUUUAAGGAACAAUCAGGGUCAGCUAGAAGAACAUAUUCACUUUCCACGGCAGCGUACCCUCAGGCAAUCACUCAUCAUGACCCAGGAACUCCCUGAGGUGACAACUGAAUUUACCUAUGAUGAAGCAGCUGCAGUUUGUGAUCAAGUAAACAUCCAGGCAUUUGGGAAAGUAUUUCUGCCAGCCUUAUAUGCCCCUGUGUUUGUUCUUGGCCUGGUGGGGAACUUCCUGGUGGUUUUUGCCAUCGUGAAGGGCAGCCGACAGAAGAGCAUCACAGACAUUUUUCUCUUGAACUUGGCUAUCUCGGACCUGCUCUUUGUGAUCUCUCUUCCUUUCUGGGCUUUCUAUGUGAUGCGUGGAUGGACGCUUGGGAACAUUCCAUGCAAAAUCAUCUCCUCGCUUUAUUAUGUGGGUUUCUUUGGGGGCAUGUUUUUCAUCACUGUCAUAAGCAUUGAUAGAUACCUGGCCAUAGUUCGUGCAGCAUUUUCUCUGAAAGCCAGAACAGUCAGCCAUGGCUGUCUUACCACUUUUGGGGUGUGGGCGGUGGCUAUUUUAGUCUCAGUGCCACAAUUUGUGUUCACCCAGGAGACAGCAGAACAAUGCACUCCGAGGUACCCUGAUGAUCUUAAGGAAAUCUGGCCUAUUUUCUGCAAUGUAGCAAUGAAUGUCUUAGGAUUCCUUAUCCCAGCCUGCAUCAUAAGCUAUUGCUAUUUUGGGAUCAUCAGGACAUUGCUCUCCUGCAAAAAUCACAAAAAAAAAAAGGCCAUCAAACUAAUUUUAGUGGUGGUGAUUGUGUUUUUCCUCUUUUGGACCCCAUACAAUGUACUGAUUUUUCUGGAAACUUUAAGACACUAUAAAUUGGUUAACCAAUGCCACGAAUUUAUAGACUAUGCAAUGCAUGCGACUGAAACACUAGCAUUCAGUCACUGUUGUCUCAAUCCCGUUAUCUACGCUUUUGCUGGGGAAAAAUUCAGGAAGUACCUUUGUCACUUGUUUCUAAAGUGCUGCUCAUUUAUGUGCCUCUGUGGGCCCUGCGGCCAAUACCAGGCUAGCUCUCUAACUACCACUCCAGAAAGCAUGCUAAGCAGCAACCAGACCCAGAAUACCAGUGACCAGGAUGCCUCUGUCCUUCUGUGAAAAGUUUAGUUAGUACACCGUUAGAAAUACACCUUCUCCAGGCUUCAGGGGGUAGCCGUAUUAGUCUGUACCAGUAAAAACAAUGAGGAGUCCUUGUGGCACCUUAGAGACUAAUAAAUUUAUUUGGACAUAAGCUUUCAUGGGAUAUAACCCACUUUACCAGAUGCAUGGAGUGGAAAAUACAGUAAGCAGGAAUACAUGUACAGCACAUGAAAAGAUGGGAGUCAAAUAUAACGUGUGAGCGUACCUGAAUGCCAGACAUUUCUUUUGCUUGGCAUUUAUUAUUUUUUAAAAGUACAGCUUUAAUGGUGACAACUGAACAACAUGUAAAAACAAUAUUGCAGCAGAAUUAAGAAAAAAAAAAAAGAGAAAAACAGCACCAGGAAGAAAAGAAGAAUUUAAGGACAGAUAAUUUGAUAGAAAUGUAGACAAUUAAAGUGUGGUUGUGAAUAUAAAUAUACCUCUAUGCACACACAUGCAUACUUUUAAGGAAAAAGCAAUCUCUGUAAAGUCCAUGGUCCAGCUGAUAGAUAGUAAUGGACAAUAUUUGACCGGGCCGGCUCUGGCUUUUUUGCUGACCCGAGCAAAAAAUAAAAAAAAAAGCGGGGCCACCGGAGCAGCAAAGCAGGGGAAAAAAAGAAACAGCGUGGCUGGAGCGGCAAAGCAGGGAGGGGAACAACACAAAAACGGGGCAGCUGGAGCAGCAAAGUGGGGAAAGAACACCAGCAAAGCGGGCGGGGGGGGGGGAAGAGAGAGAAAUAAUGGCGUGGCCGGCAAAGUAGGGGAAAACCAAAACAAAAAACCCUACAGGGCAGCCAGAGCAGCCAACAACAACAAAAAAAACAAAAAAAAUACAGCCGUGCCACCCUAGUUUUGGGCGGAAUGCCGCCCCGUAGAAUCUGCCGCCCCAAGCACGAGCUUGCUCAGCUGGUGCCUGGAGCCGGCCUUGAUAUUUGAUAUACUGUAUGUUGGGUUACUCUUAGAGUCCAGUGUAAACUGAGGAAUGCUUUUGUUUUUCCAUUCUUUCUGAUACAGCAGCAUGUUCUUUUAUACUGUAUAUAAGUAUAUAUUUGGUUUGAAACCUCUUUAGGGCAAGAACCUCUUAGGUCUUAUGGGAAGCACCCAGCACGUUUUUAAAGCAGUGUAUAAAGGAUUUUUGUUUGUUUGUUUCUGGAUUGCUUGUUGCUGGUUGCUGCAA